CUCAAAAAAGGACAAGGGAACGGAAAUAUAGCGGUAGGGACGUUUAUCCUACCCUACUUUUACAAACUUUGAAUCGCAUCUCGUCCUUUUCAAAACCAAGUCUCCACAAACCCCUUACAAAAACGCGCUUUAUCUAGCUUGCAAUUGAGCUUCUUCAUAAUCGACACAGCACCAAACAAACACGCUCCAUUCCGCUUCUCUCUGUAACCGUCGCCGGCGAUCUGUUAGAUCGCGGCUGUAACCGUCACCGGAACUGAUCCAACAACCACAGAUCUGAAAAUCCGAAAUGGAGAAUCUCAUAUCCCUUGUGAACAAAAUCCAGAGAGCUUGCACCGCCUUAGGUGAUCACGGUGAAGAAGCUAGUGCUCUCCCUACUCUCUGGGAUUCCCUUCCUGCUAUCGCCGUCGUCGGUGGCCAGAGCUCUGGAAAGUCCUCGGUGUUGGAGAGCGUUGUUGGCAAAGAUUUCUUACCUCGUGGAUCAGGGAUUGUUACCCGGCGACCGCUCGUCUUGCAGCUUCACAAGAUUGAAGAGGGUAGCAGGGAAUAUGGGGAGUUCCUUCACCUCCCGAGGAAAAAAUUCUAUGAUUUUGUUGCUGUAAGAAAGGAAAUUCAAGAUGAAACUGAUAGAGAGACGGGACGAAGUAAACAAAUUUCAAGUGUCCCAAUUCAUCUUAGCAUAUACUCUCCCAAUGUUGUUAACUUGACGCUCAUUGAUCUUCCUGGACUUACGAAGGUAGCUGUAGAGGGUCAACCAGAUAGUAUUGUCCAUGACAUUGAGAAUAUGGUUCGUUCGUUCAUUGAGAAGCCGAACUGUAUAAUUUUGGCCAUUUCACCUGCUAAUCAAGAUCUUGCAACAUCUGAUGCAAUUAAAAUUUCCCGUGAAGUGGAUCCUACUGGUGAACGGACCAUUGGAGUUUUGACAAAGAUUGAUCUUAUGGACAAGGGUACGGACGCUGUUGAUAUAUUGGAAGGAAGAGCAUACAGGUUAAAAUUUCCCUGGGUUGGUGUUGUGAAUAGAUCACAAGCAGAUAUAAACAAGAAUGUUGACAUGAUUGCUGCUAGGCGUAGAGAACGCGACUACUUUUUAACUACCCCUGAAUAUAAACACCUGGCUAAGAGAAUGGGUUCUGAGCAUCUGGCAAAAAUGCUCUCAAAGCAUCUGGAGACGGUAAUCAAAUCCAAAAUUCCCGGCAUUCAGUCUCUUAUUAACAAAACUAUUGCGGAAAUUGAAUCUGAACUUUCUCGUUUAGGGAAGCCAAUUGCAGCGGAUGCUGGGGGCAAGUUAUAUGCAAUCAUGGAAAUAUGCCGCUCGUUUGAUCAAAUAUUUAAAGAUCAUCUUGAUGGCGUGCGGCCUGGAGGUGAUAAAAUUUAUAAUGUCUUUGACAAUCAGCUCCCUGCAGCUUUGAAAAGGUUGCAAUUUGAUAAACAGCUUUCAAUGGAAAACAUAAGGAAACUUAUUACAGAAGCUGAUGGGUAUCAACCACAUCUAAUAGCUCCAGAACAAGGAUACCGUCGACUCAUUGAAUCUACCCUGAUCACUAUCAGGGGCCCUGCUGAGGCAGCUGUUGAUGCGGUUCAUUCCCUACUAAAGGACUUGGUUCACAAAGCUGUUAGUGAGACUCUGGACUUGAAGCAAUAUCCUGGUCUGCGGGCUGAAGUUGGGGCUGCAGCUAUUGACUCACUAGAAAAAAUGAGGGACGAAAGCAAAAAAGCGACACUACAGCUGGUUGAUAUGGAGUAUGGCUAUCUGACAGUUGAUUUCUUUCGGAAGCUUCCUCAAGAUGUAGAUAAGGGUGGCAAUCCCACACAUUCAAUUUUUGAUAGAUAUAAUGAUUCAUAUCUAAGGCGAAUUGGAACCACAGUUUUGUCUUAUGUCAAUAUGGUCUGUGCUACUCUGCGGCAUACAAUUCCAAAGUCAAUCGUCUAUUGUCAAGUGCGGGAGGCAAAACGAACUCUACUUGAUUACUUUUUCACUGAGCUAGGCAAAAUGGAUAUGAAGCGUUUGUCCUCAUUACUGAAUGAGGAUCCUGCAAUUAUGGAACGACGUAGUGGCCUAGCAAAGAGACUGGAGUUAUAUCGAAGUGCACAAGCUGAAAUAGAUGCAGUUGCUUGGUCAAAGUAAAUGCGUAUUUGCAUUUGUUGAUCACGUUUAUAGGCAGCAGUAUUACCAUUUCACGUCCAUUCUUCAUACUCAUUUUUCAGAUUGACAUUUUAAGUAUAUAGUAUCUGUACUGUCAUCUUCAUCUGAUUUUGAUAGAAGAAACAUAUUUUUUUUGACUCUGAGAGUUGAGUGCUUUUACGCUCUAUAUAGAUCUUUCACUUUUCAGUC